AUGACCGUUGAAGAACUGCCAUCUCCUCCUCGAAAGCGGCAGAGGCAAGACCAAAAAAAAUCUAAUAAACCAAAAUAUGAGCCUCGCCUUUUUGUCCCUUUCCGGGCUCUAGGUCUCAUCACAAAUCACAUCCCAUUCGUUAUCCAGACACGCUCGCAUAAAGGUGCAACGGAUGGGCCUCGAAUACACAUUCUUACAUGCUUGGGAAAGUCAUGGGCACUCUGGAAUGGUGCCAAGAUGGAUCUACUCUUCGUCGGUCCCGAAGUCGAAGAACAGAUAUCGAGUAUGGUCAUGGAUGGGGAUGCUGUAUGGAUAGCCAGUGGGCCUAAUGUGAUCAAAUACAUCCGUGGAAAAGAGGUUUCGCGUCUCGUCAAUCCUCUAGGAACUACCUUGUCUUUCAUCACUAUUUUUGGAACACAGUUACUCUCUCUGACUGAAGAUGGCGGAAGAAUGUUGUUGAUGGAAACAACCGUUGAAUUUGACAACGAUUUCACUGCGACAUCAAUACUCCAUCCAGCUACAUAUCUGAACAAAGUUCUUGUUUCAAGCAGUCAAGGUGCAGUGCAACUAUGGAACAUCCGCUCCCAAACCUGCAUACACAAAUUCGCUACUUCAUCUCUCCUCUCUUCCUCUGCUUCAGAGGGUUCCGCAAUCACCGCUCUCACGCAAUCGUCCGCCAUAGAUGUGGUCGGAAUUGGAUUUGCAUCGGGCGAAAUAUCCGUUUAUGAUGUACGGACAGAUGAGCGAUUGAUGAGGAUGUUUAUGGACGGUGGUAGCGUUCGUGCCUUGGGCUUUCGAAGUGAUGGGCAACCCAUUAUGGCUUCUGCCUCGUCCUUAGGACAUAUUGCUAUAUGGGACCUGAACGAAGGUGGCCGUCUAUUGCAUAUGGUACGAGGAGCUCACGAUGGCGCUAUAAGCGCUCUCGAAUGGAUCCCUAACCAACCUGUCUUGAUCACUUCUGGCGAAGACAAUAGCGUCAAGCAAUGGUUGUUCGACACCCCUUCCGCUGCCCCUCGGCUGUUGAAAUUUCGUUCUGGACAUCAGGCCCCUCCGCAUCUUAUUCGUUAUUAUGGAGAGGAUGGCAAACAGCUCUUGACGGCUUCCAGAGAUCGCAGCCUUCGAUGCACUUCGGUUGUUCGCGACUCGAGAUCUUUCGAGUUAUCACAAGGAUCCCUUGCUAAAAAGGCCAGCGGCCUGUCGAUACCAGUGGCGAACCUAAAAUUCCCUCCGAUCACUGCAAUCUCACAUUCUCCUGCUCGCACAAAAGAUUGGGACGACAUUCUCACUGCACAUACCGAUGAAACGUUCGCGCGAACAUGGUCGAUGCAAAACAAAAAACUUGGCAAACACAACUUUAGCUUUGCUGAUACCUCCAGGGCUAAAGGAAAGGAACGUGCUUCUCCUCUUGGCUCCGCAAAGUCUGUUUGUGUAACAGCCUGCGGCAACUUUGGGUUAGCGGGUUCCUCUACUGGUGCCAUACAUAUGUGGAAUAUGCAGUCUGGAAUACGACGACGAACAUUUCGCGUUGGAGCAUGCCCACCUGAAGUUGCAGGUCGCUUCCAAACAACGGAGAAAGGAACCAAAGAGCGUUCUGUGACCGGCCUUGCGACGGAUUCAUUGAACACAGUGGUUAUAGCGAGCACCCUCGAUGGUACUGUCAAUUUCUUCGAUUUCCAUACAGCAAACCUUGAUCACACAGUCAUCCUUCCAUCGGCUGCGGUAUCGAUGGUCCUUCAGCGGGACAAUGGGCUACUAGCAGUUGUGUGUGAUGACAUGGUUGUCCGAUUAGUGGACAUAGAGACAAAAACAGUCGUCAGAGAGUUCGGGGGAUUCCGUGGUCGUGUUUUAGACAUUACAUUUUCACCUGACUCCAGGUGGCUUAUCACCACUUCAUUGGACUCAAUAAUUCGGACUUUCGAUAUACCCACUGGACGUUUGAUUGAUGCCUUCAGGACAUCUAGUGUAGCGACUAGUGUGUCAUUUUCACCCACCAAUGAUUUUAUCGCCACAGCCCAUGUUGAUAGCGUUGGUGUUUUCUUAUGGGCGAAUCGAGCCCAGUAUACCGAAGUUGCAUUUCAAACUGUCGUUGAGGAUGAAAUCGCAAUUGUUGAUCUUCCCUUGAUGCAAGGCGUAGCCGAGGGCGAAGAGUCGCUAUCGCCAUUAGAAGCACUGGCCGCCCAAGUUGAUGUGUUUUCGACGCCUCCCAAGUUGGAUGGUGAUCUCAUCACGUUGACAUUACUUCCGCGCUCGAAAUGGCAGACCCUUCUCAAUUUAGAGAUCAUACAGCAACGGAACAAACCGAAGGAGCCCCCAAAAGCUCCUGAAAAAGCGCCAUUCUUCUUGCCGACAUUACCUGGUGUUGAGACCAGAUUCGUAACUGAGCCAAAGAAGAGCGCGUCGCAAAAUCCAUCCCGACGAUUAGAACAAGCAAUACAGAAUGCCGAGAGCGUAUUCUUACAACGACUUCAUGGGGAGGAUGUCAAUGGGGAUUACGAGUCAUUCUUCUCUUUUUCCAAAACCCUUUCAGCUGCAGCUGCAGACCUUGAACUUCAGUCUUUGGUGACACUUGACAGUCUUCGAACUUUUAUCAAUGCUUUGACACAAAGAUUAUUAUCACAUCAAGACUUUGAAGCUGUUCAGGCAUUCCUCAAUGUAUUUCUUCGCAUGCACGCGGACACGAUAAUUUCAAACUCCGAGUUACACGACGACGUGGAGCGAUUGAUGAAGGUGCAGCGUACCGAAAGCCAGAGAAUCCUUGAACUGAUUGCUUCGUCACUCGGAGCUCUCGGGUUUGUCAGAGAUACACUGUAG